UGGAGUGAGUCAUGAUGAUAAUAACAGGCAGAAGCGGACAGGAAUGGCGCUCCUGCAGAAAGUGGAGGAAGAGGCGGGCUGUGACGUCCUCCCGGUCGGCGGAAGGCUGGGCCCGCGGCUUUUCUCCAUCCUGUCUCGCCUUAUAUUUAUGCAUUAGGCGUUUCUGCAGUGAGCCGCUGGAUAUUGAUGUGUUCUAAGGAGGUGGCCCCAGUCCUCUCCUCCCCGUCCACACACCCCUUUCUCCCUCCGUCGCUCUCUCUCUCUACCUCCCUCCCUCUCCCAUCCGCGCCGCUCGUCCGCGGGAUCUCGGUGCGCUCAGACGCGCUCGGCGUUCAGACCCCCAUGGCCCCCCACCAGAGGGACUGCGCUUAGCGGACACCCAGCUCCCCGAACGAAGCAUCCCGCGAGCCCGCUCCCGGAGUACCGCAUUGUUUUAUAAUAUUCAGCCAGAGGGAGCGAAAGGAGAUGAUGCUGAUGAUGCAUCCGCGAUGGUGGAUUUCCCUUUUGUGCGUCUAUGGACUGAUGCACGUCGGUGACCAGAGCGGCACUAAAGCCCGAAACGGAGACGCCUUGUCGAGUUUGAAGGCUCUCCGCGAUGCAGCCAGGUUCGUCGGGAAGGAGGACACGGUGCCCGUCCGCCUGCUCUACAGCAGACACGGCCACGGCCAGAUCGCACAGGAUGAGCUCAGCACCCGAGUUCCAGCCGGCUCCGGGUCCACACAGGUGAACCAUGUGGCCCAGGCCAGCUUCCAAGUGGAUGCCUUCGGAAAACAAUUAAUCUUGGAUGUGGAACUGAAUCAUGACCUCCUGUCCUCCGGGUAUGUAGAGAGGCAUUUGACGGAGAAAGGGAAGACUGUCGUCACCAACGGAGGAGAGCACUGCUACUACCAGGGAAAGGUCAGGAGCAUCCCUCACUCCUUCGUGGCCCUUUCAACCUGUCAUGGAUUACACGGGAUGUUUUUUGAUGGCAAUCACACCUACAUGAUCGAACCCGGAGGACAAGGCAGCGGCAGCGAUGAUGUCAACAUUCACAUGAUAUAUAAAUCUGCAGGACAAGAUGGAUUUAAUGAUCUUGUCAAUGGUGAUCUUCCAGAGCCGCCUUUUCCCAGCCCUCCAUUUCCUGGAUCAAGAGUGGUUCACAGGAGAAAGAAGAGACAGGUCCCACAUGUGUCACACAGUGUAGAAGAUGAGGGCAAAUACAUUGAACUGAUGGUGAUCAACGACCAUUUGAUGUACAAGAAGCACCGGCUUUCCGUUGGGCACACGAAUAACUAUGCUAAAUCAGUGGUCAAUAUGGCUGACAUGAUUUUCAAGGAACAGCUCAACACCCGCAUUGUGCUGGUAGCCAUGGAAACGUGGUCCGCUGACAACAAGUUCAACAUCGACGAUGACCCUAUGAUGACACUGAAGGAGUUCAUGAAGUACCGAAAAGACUUUAUCAAGGAAAAAUGCGACUCUGUUCACCUUUUCUCAGGGAACCGUUUCCACAGCAGCUGGGGUGGAGCAUCCUACAUUGGAGGAGUUUGUUCUCUCACUAAAGGAGGUGGAGUCAAUGAGUACGGGAAAACGGACGAGAUGGCCAUAACCCUCUCUCAGUCCCUUGGACAGAACAUUGGCAUCUUCUCUGACAAGAAGAGGAUCCUCAACGGUGAAUGCAAAUGUGAUGAUCGUUGGUCGGGUUGUAUCAUGGAUGACGUUGGCUUCUACCUGCCCAAGAGGUUCUCUGACUGCAACGUGGAGGAGUACCACAAUUUCCUAUACAGUGGUGGUGGCGCUUGCCUGUUCAACAAACCCAUGAAGCUGUUGGACCCUCCAAUCUGUGGCAACGGCUUUGUGGAACCGGGAGAGGAGUGUGACUGUGGAGGCCCAGCGGAGUGUGCCAGAGAAGGAGAGAACUGCUGUACGAAGUGCACCCUGACUCAAGGCUCAAAGUGUAGCAACGGACUCUGCUGUAACAACUGCCAGAUGGAGUUCAUGGGGGUGGUGUGCCGGGAUGCGGUAAACGACUGUGACAUCCCAGAGAACUGCACGGGGAACUCGAGCCAGUGUCCACCAAAUUUGCACAAAAUGGACGGAUACACGUGCGAAAAGGACCAGGGUCGCUGCUUCAACGGAAGGUGCAAAACCAAAGACAGGCAGUGCAAGUACAUCUGGGGAGAGAAGGCGACGGCAGCUGACAAGUUCUGCUACGAGAAGCUCAACAUCGAAGGGACGGAGAAAGGCAACUGCGGGAGGGACAGGGACACCUGGAUCCAGUGCAACAAGCAGGACGUUCACUGCGGCUACCUGCUGUGCUCCAACAUCUCGCCCGCCCCGCGUCUGGGGGAGCUGCAGGGGGGACUCACCUCCUUCUCGGUGGCUCGGCACAGCGCCUCCCUCGACUGCAGCGGCGCUCACGUGCUGAUCGACGGAGACACCGACCUGGGAUACGUGGAGGACGGCACGGCCUGCGGCACAGACCAGAUCUGCUUCAACCACAGAUGCCUCCCCAUGCAGCAGUUCAACUUCAGCACCUGCCCCGGCACCACGGACAAGACCAUCUGCUCCGGACACGGGGUCUGCAGUCAUGAGCUCAAGUGCGUGUGCUACCUGGGCUGGGCAGGAGAGGACUGCAACUCCACGUCUCCCCUCAGCUCCCUGGUGGUGGGACCCACCACCUCAGCCUCAGGUAUCACCAGUACAAACAUCAUCAUCGGGGCCAUCAUCGGCUCCAUCCUGUUCCUCGCCCUCAUUCUGGCUGUCACAGCCUGGUGCUACAAGAGCUACAAGCAGAAACGUUACGUGGAGUCUGAGGUUCACAGGAGAUUCUGCCGGCAAAUGCCUCCAGGUGACUAUGUAACAAAGCCUGGGGAUGCUGAUUCAUUUUACAGUGACAUGCCGCCGGGUGUCAGCACGAAUUCCGGCUGCAGCUCCAAGAAGAGGUCAGCCUGCCUGUCUCACCUGCAGAUUUGCACCCUGUCCUUCACCACUCCCUCCCUGCCAUCCAUUUCCCAGAACAUCUCACUGUUUGGCUUCAGAUCCAAUGGGAUGUCCCACUCGUGGAGUGAGAGAAUCCCAGAUGCCAAACACAUCUCUGACAUCUGUGAAAACGGGCGACCGAGGAGCAACUCGUGGCAAGGAAAUCUAAGUGGUAAUCGCAAGAAGCUGAAAGGGAAGAAGUUCCGCGCUCGUUCGAACUCCACAGAGUAUUUAACCCCUCGCGUCAAAACAGAGUUUUAUGAUGUAACUAAAUGGGUAGAAGAUGUCAAUAAAAACACUCAAGGACCUUUCCUUAGGACACUAUCGCCUGCCAAGUCUCCCACCUCCUCCACAGGAUCCAUUGCAUCCAGCAGGAGGUACCCGUACCCCAUGCCCCCCCUCCCUGACGACCAGAGGAAAGCCAACCGGCAGAGUGCCAGGCUGUGGGAGACUUCAAUAUAACAUCCCACCCACUUCUCAAAAAAAUAAAGAACUGCCUUUGUCUCUCUUUUUCUAUGAAUGAAAAAACACAGAAACGAAACACAAUUGACUCUUAGCAACUAAAGAGAAAGCGAGAGAGCCCCCCACUGGAGUGGAAACAGGCAGAGUUGGCGUCUAAGCAUCUCCGAGGCUGUCUAGACAGACAUUCAGUGGAUCUCUACAAGACAACGCGCCGGAGGAGCGACCGGCUCCACACCAGCUGGAGGUCAGACUGAGCUGUUCCUGUCCGCUCAGGCCUCAAACACGGGACUGGAAACCAGCCACUCACGACCACGUUACCAGUCCGAAAAUCCUGAACCUCUUGGCGUCCCUCUUAGCUCAGUUCUGGUCAUACCCAGCACCGCUGUCCCUCCAGCUUCUUCUGAGCUCCUCUCCUGGCAGAGCCAGGAGCGGGUGGUCCAUCCCGCUGCAUCGCCACAUCUGUUGCAUCAUUUCGACGCAUGUGAAUUUACUGUAGAAACUCCCAACACUGUAUGCAUGACACAACCCUGUUAAUCAGCAGCCGAGACGAUCUGAUCAGAGAGGAAAGCAUGUGAGGGACGCUGAUUUUUAUACCUUCUGUAAACUUACUUAACUUCUUUCCGCUAUACAGUAGGUAACCCAUAUCAUAUCUAUAGCUUAUAGCCCAUUACCACGGAUGUGACGCCACCAGCUCAUCCUCCAGGUCUGUGUCCUUGUGUAAAUAUGUACAGUAACGAAAGCAAAGAGUUGGGGUUUGCUUUUAUUUUCAAGGAGAAAAGGACUCUCUUCCUGCUGUAUUGUGUUGUAGAUGGACGCAGAUCUCUGUAGAUAGAUGUAGAGACCCUUCAUCAUUCUUUCCAUCCUCUUUCUUCCUCCCUCGGGCUUUUAUCUUGUGUGACUGUGACCUCUUUAUUUUUCUCCCUUCACAGCAGAAUGUAAAAUAUGCACUGGCUUCAUACAUCUGACAGACAGAGAGACGUUAACUGAGGACGUAACUGAUGAAGCUGCUGGUAAAUUUGCAGAUUUAGACAGUUCAGUGUGUCAUUGUUGAGGGAAGUAAAUGGACCGAGAUGUGCUUGCUGGCCUUUUCCAAUGGAUUGAUAUUAAUAUGUACGUCGUUUACUCUGACUCCACGGUUGGACAUUGGAGAUGAGUGAGCAAUUAAACAAUAUUACAUGAAGUCUGUAAUGGCAGCCUGUUUUAACCCUGCGAGAAUCUGGAAACUGACUGAAAUGUGCAUUUUGGAGUUUUGCCGUGGCGACUGAGAUGAUUAGCCUUGUAAAUGAUUAACUAUGCUGUACAGUGCUUGCUGUCUGAGCUUGUGACGACCAAGAGCAUGACAGUUCUAUAACUAAGUUAUUCCUCUGGUAGGCUAUUUGUGAGUUCAUAACGGGAAGUGAGCAUGUUACUGAAAGUCUUUCCCAUCAUUGCCCAUUGCUGUUGUCUUAAUGGGUUUGUGUACCACAGACACUGUUUCAGCAAAUUCGCGGCUGUGCUUCACCUGGCUUCAUCCCAGCAGAGCUAUUUAAGGUGGACUGAAUCCCGUAUCACCCCCUAAAAGCUAGUUCUUUGUACAGAACAAUUUAUUGUUCUACCUUGUCUGAAGCUGUUGUCCGAAGGCCUCCUGUUUCGUUUCUUUUUUCGUUGACACUUGUUCAUUUGUAACUGAUGUAAGCGUUAGGACUGUAUAGAUAUGAUCACAAUAUUCUGCUAAUAUUGCUAAUAGUAUCUUUUUUAGUAAGUAACUUUGUAAUGUUUACUUCUUUCUCCCCAGCAUUACAUACAGCAACUACCGGUAUUCAAACAGUAAUUAAGUGCAUUAUUGUAAUUAUGUACGUUAAUGAGUUUGAAUGGGAAUCUCUCUUUAUUUUUUUUAACCUUAGUCCUCAGAUGUUCCUGGCACACGUGCUGAUCUGACUAUGAUGAAGGUUUGGGAAGAAAUGUUUUACAGUAGGUGACAUCUGUAUGGGCUCAUGAUUUGCCUUCUACCAGAGCUUUUCUUGGCUCUGCUCAUCUUAAAGCAUCGGCCAGUGUUGCCAGAUGGUAAAGAGCACUAUGUCAUUGAUUAAGGUUUCUAAUUUUAUGAUUUUGUUUUCUCCAUGACACACUCCACUAGGGAUGAUGUGAUUCCUGGUAUUGUACAGCAGUCAAUCUCCCUGUCAACAUAACUAACACAACACCUCUGCCAGACAUCCCUGCAGAUGAGUCAUCCAUCUCUGACCAGAGACUUGAAUGUAAUGUGUGUACUGGAGCACACCGACCACCCAGUCUCAAACAUGUUGGUCCUGUCUCACAUGACAUAUCAGCACUGUGCUCCGAGACCCUUAAAACCCCACGUCAUGUACUAAAUACUGCAGUUGCUGUCUUUUUUAAUUUGUAUUGUUGCCUGUAUGCUGUACAGACUGAUGAUGCAAAAACCAAUCCCCAUAUUUUCCCCUGGUAAUCAUUCAGUAUUGUAAUAUAUUUAAUAUAAAAUAAAACUUUCAUCAACA